AUGUCGUCAGUAGGCUGCCGCACUUUCAUCUGCUGCGAAUUCAACCUCACAACAGCAUGAGCGACGCAAUCUCAACCACCCUUCCUGAGCUCCUCCUCAGCCGUGCCCAAGAAUCAACAUCUGCGCACAUCACCUUCCUCGAUGCUGAAGGCUCCGUGCAGAAGAGACUCUCUUACGCAGACUUGUACCAUGAUGCAGUGAAAACAUCACAGCUGCUCGUGGCGUAUGGCCUGCGACCUGAUACGGAUAUCGUUAUCGUGAGCUUCGAAGAUCAGGAAAGUCACGUCCGCCUGUUUUGGGCCUGCGCUUUCGCCGGGAUACCUGUUUGUCCGCUCCCGCCCCUUCACCCUGAUCGCUCCCGGCAAGCUGUCUUCCUCAACCACUUGUCCAGCGUCUUCCGCCGCCCCACCCUUAUCGCCAACAAGCAGACUAUCGCUGACAUCCACGGCGUCGCUCCUGACCUCCGAGCCCUGUCGUUAGCGGACAUUGAGCGCCUCGACAUUGACGCUGACACCCUCGCGUCGGUCUACCCGUCUCGCCCCGUCUCGCCAGACGACAUCGUUUGCCUGAUGUUGACCUCCGGGUCGACGGGCAACUCAAAGGCCGUCGCUCUCCGCCACGCGAACCUUUUGUCCAGCGUCCGCGGCAAGAUCGAGCACCACGGGACGACGUCUCGGUCGCAAUUCCUGAACUGGAUCGCCUUCGACCACGUCGCCAGCGUGUCCGAGGUCCAUCUCCACGCACUUGCGGCCGGUGCCAGCCAAUACCAUGUCACCCCAUCGGCCAUUGUCCAGCGCCCGCAGAACCUGCUCGAAUGGUGCAGCCGUCUGCGCAUCACGUACUCGUUCAGCCCCAACUUCCUCAUCGCCCAGCUCUGCCGCGACGUCGCGGCGGCGCAGUACGGUGCUCACGAGAUCGACCUCUCCUCGCUCGUCGCGCUCAUCUCCGGUGGCGAGUCUGUCCCGGUCAAGACCGCGGUCGAGUUUGCAGAUCUCCUCGAGCGCUACGGUGCGCCUCGCAACGCCCUCCGUGCUGGGUUCGGCAUGAGCGAGACCGGAGCUGGAUGCAUCUACGACACCCGCGACAUUGUCCGCAGCGCUGGAGACAGUGCCGAGAAGUACCUUUCUCUUGGAGAAUGCUGCCCGGGCGUAACGCUCCGCGUCGCCUCGCGCAGUACUGGCGAGGUUUGCGCCGCAUUCGCGCCUGGACAGCUUCAGCUAAAGGGCCCGAGUGUCUUCCGCGAGUACUACAACAACCCCCAGGCGACGGCCGAGUCGUUCUCUGCCGAUGGCUGGUUCACGACCGGGGACAGCGCGAUGCUCGAUGGGGACGGCAACCUGCACCUCGUCGGACGCGACAAGGACCAGAUCAACAUCAACGGUGUCAAGCACCCCAGCGCCGAUGUCGAGAACUCUAUCGAGGAGAGCGACAUCGACGGCGUCUCGCGUUCCCACGUCUUCGUUUGCCCUAUGCGCCUGCCCGGCGGCGACACCGACACCUACGCAGUCUUCUACCAGCACCGGAUCCGAGUUGAAGACGAGCUGAACGAGGAAGAUGUCGCCACCCUUUGCGAGGCGAACCGGGCUAUCCGGAAGCGGUGCAUCGUCUUCUGCUCUCAGGGCCCCCACGUCGUCCUUCCCCUUCCCCGCAAGUCGUUCACAAAGACCGCUAUCGGAAAGGUCUCCCGCUCUGCCCUGAUGGCUACCUAUCUGAAGGGGGACCACGCCGCGCUAGAGCAGCGCCUCCGGGCUGCUGCUGACAGCAUGCUGUCGUCUGGCCCGCUGAACGCUGUCGAGGAAGUCAUCUUCAAGGCCGUCUCCGAACUUUUGGACAUCGACGUCUCGCGCCUGAGCCGCUUCACCAGCCUUUUCGACAUGGGUGUGUCGUCGAUGCACCUCGUGCGUCUGAAGUACCUGCUUGAGCAGCGGCUUCACAUCAAGGACAUUGCCAUGAUCGACAUGCUUCGUCACCCCGAACUCGGCGAGCUGUGCGACUUCCUCGGAGAGGUGACAAAGGCCAAGAGUUCCGCGAACGGAGCAGAGGUCACGCCAAGCUACAACCCGCUCGUCUGUUUGAACGCCCACGGCUCGAAGCCGCCCGUUUUCCUCGUCCACCCCGGUGUUGGCGAAGUCCUCGUCUUCAUGAACUUGGCGCGCGUCCUCAGCGACGACCGCCCCGUCUACGCGCUGCGCGCCCGCGGCUUCGACACUGGUGAAGAAUGCUUCAGUUCCUUCGACGAGAUGGUCGACACCUACGUCGCAGCGAUCCAGUCACGCCAGGCUGAGGGCCCGUACUACCUCGGCGGCUACAGCUUCGGCGGUGCCGUCGCCUUCGAGAUCGGGAAGAAGCUCGAGGCCAUGGGCAAGCACGUCGCUUGGGUCGGCAUCUUCAACCUGCCGCCGCACAUCCAGUUCCGCAUGCACGAGCUGUCUUGGACCGAGGUCCUGCUCAACCUGUUCAUGUUCCUCGCCCUCAUCUCGGCGAACGACUUCGAGACCGUCAAGUGCCAGGUGCUCACCACGUUCCCCGACGUCGCUGUAACGGACGUGGAGCCGGCCGCCUCUGGUGAGGUCAUCCAAUGGCUCCUCGAGCAUUCCGACCAGCAGCGCCUGCAGCAGCUGCAGAUCCGGGCUGACGAGCUGCGCCGCUGGAUCCAAGUCGCAUACUCGCUCACCCUGGCUGGCCGCUCUUAUGACCCGCAGGGCGCGAUCCGCGGUGCACUGAUGACCGUCUUCUGUGCCAUCCCGCUUCCGACUAUGGGCACGCGCGAGCAGUUCAAGGAAGACCGUCUCUCGGUCUGGAAGCUCUUCGGCAGCAACGGCGUCGAGCUCAUCGAUGUCGAGGGCGAGCACUACACGAUGCUGUCAGACGAGCACGUAGAGUCGUUCGCGGGCAAGCUGCGGGCGGCGAUGGAACGCGCGUCCAAGGUCCUCGCACCUCCCCCGUCCUUCGUCUCAAGGGACCAGCUCGUCUUCGACAAGAUCCCCACCGUCGACUGGGCCCUGUCCGAGUCCGACCCCGCCGCAUUCUACGAGCAACUUCGCAGCGCAUUCGAGGACGUCGGCUUCGGCACAUUCGUCAACAUCCCCGGAUUCGACGACGAGUUCCAACAGAAGAUCUUCGCAUAUGCUGAACAGCUAUACAGCAAGCCGCAGGCAUGGAAGGACGCCAUCUCGGCCGCCAAGUCGAAUGCUCUGCGGGGCUACUUCCGCGGUGAUGAUGUUGCAGGAGAACACAAGGCGCACUCUGAAGGGUAUCGGUUCGGAACUGAGCUCCCAGAGCCGGUAGCACAAGGGGACAAAGAAGUUCCGUUCUACCGCAAGCUGCAAGAAGGUGCUUCACCAUCCCAUACGCGUUCUCCACUCGUCUCGAGAAGCCCGUGGUGCCGCUGCCAAAGUAUGCACACGGUGACGCCGCCAAGUACCACGUUCCUCCGAACCCCAAAGUCGUGAAGCUGCUGAGCAUCGAGGACCCGUUGGUGCGCGGCGGCUACGCUCGUUUGACCCUGUUCCCGGCGGCUUCGAAGAAACUGUAUCCGAAAGAGUGGGUUGAGGCUAAGGAGAUGGGUAUUCUCUAAGUAAUGCGCGGGCUGUCUUCCAUCGUAUUUAGAAUUGUAUUGCUAUGUCGUCGUGUCCCGCACUUACAUAUUAUAUGUAUCUCUUCCAAUGUACUACCUCAUGACUCAAUGUGUACAAUAUAGAUGGUUUCGAGCUGA